AUGAAUAAAAGACCGAGUGAUUCAGUGGGUACUACAAGUGCCAAAAAAUCCAAGGUGGCUUUGGAUGAGCUAAGUACAGAGGGACCCUUAAGUCAGGCAGAUGUGGUGUACUUCAAAAAGGAAGCGAUCUGGAGACAGAUGAUUUUGUAUAAACAGCAGGUGUUGAAACUAAAAGGAGAGGUAAAACGGCUAACACGGGACGUUGACCAGCUGAAACAUAUAAGUAGUGUGUUGAUUGCAUGGUAUGAGCAGCUUGUAGCAUUGUUUGAUGUAGAAGAAGGGAAAGACGAUAACAUAUUGGUAGCAUUCAACGACAAGGUGGAUGCCAAACUCCAAACCAUCAGUAAACAGCUAUCCAAGGCAAUCUCUUCCAAAGUGGCUCCGAGCGAUAUACAAAGCGUUCAACAGCUCGGCACACUCAAAAGUGAAAACCAAAUACUUGUCAAGGAAAAUCAAACACUAACAGAGAACAUAGCAGCUCUAGAGUCGGAGAUUCUAGCCUUGAUAAACACGUACGAACGUAAUGAGUCAAAGACUUUGAAGCGGGUGGACGACGCAAGGAAAGAAAUAAUGGAACAAAAAGAAGAAGAAGGAAAAGAAGGGGAGUCAACAACAACACCAGCACUACCAGCAGCAGCACCAGCAGCAGCACCACAACAACAAACCAAUGGUUCCUCCUUGGAUACUCUCACCACGGAGGUGGAGCAGUUGCGCACCUCCAACGCCAUCCUCAACGAACAAACACAAGCACUCUCAACAAGCAACCAAGAGCUACUCAAGAAAACAACUGCACUAGAAAGCAAACUUCACAAUCUAAGUGAAAGCGACUUGCAGGAUAACCCUAUAUACAAAAGGCUCAUCAAGAACAACCAAUCGCUCCAAGAACAGAUCAGCAAGGUGAACAAACUAAACUCAGUUAACGUGACCAAGUUGAGUGAAUUGGAGGAGAAGCAAAACGAGAUAAAAAAGAUUGUUGAGAUGGAAUUGGUGAAAGAGAAUGAGAGUUUGAAACAGCAGCUCGAGAAAGCAGAACAGGACCUUGUGCGAGUGAGAACAACAAGGGACGAGUUGUUGGCAAAAAAUAGUCUUUUGACCAGUGAAAAAGAAGACCAAAAGAGUACCGAGUCGUUACUAGAGUUGAACGAAAUCUUCUCCAAGCGGAUCGAAGAGCUCACUAAGGAAAAGUUUAGCCCAAUGGAGACAGAACAUGCAGACCUGUUGUUGUUGUUGAAUGAGAUUAGGGAAAUCGAAAGUGCAUUUAAGCAAACACGAGAUCUAACAAUAAAGAAACUACACACCACCAUAGACCACGAGAACCAAGUGAAAAAACUCACUAUUGAAAAAAACAAAGCUGACCAAAAGUACUUUGCCACAAUGAGACUAAAGGAUUCGCUCACAAACGAGAACAAGGUGCUCAAACAACAAGUGGCAAAGUCGCAGGAUCUCAUCAAAAACCUUAACGAGUUGGAGGUGACCUACUUGAACAAGAUCGAUAUACUAUCCAAAUCGCUUCUCGACUACAAAAUCAUCAAGGAGAACUCGUUGCAAGAAAACUUUGCCCUACAAGACAAAGUAAAGAGCCUCCAGGUAACCAAGGAGGCCUUGGAGAAGGAUGUCGAGCGCAAGGAUGCAAAAGUCAAUACACUCACCAGUGAGUUACUGCAAUCAAAGGACCUUGCAAACAAACAAUUGCUCGAGUUGACCAAACUCAACAAGAGCCUUGCUUCGACAGAGUCGCUACUACUCAAAUACAAAGCAAACAAUACCAGCUCUAUUCUUGAAGAGGACGAGCAGCAAAUUCAAGCUUUGCGGUCGAUUGCCAAGUGUUCAGUGUGCACAAAGAACUGGAAGGACACGGCCAUCACAGUGUGUGGCCAUGUAUUCUGCUCAGGGUGCACCCACGAGAGACUUGCUGCUAGACUAAGAAGAUGUCCCACUUGCAAUAAGGGAUUCUCAAGUAACGACUUGUUAACUGUACACUUGUAA